GAAAGUUGAACUAGUAGAGUUUUAAGAGUGUAGUAGAGUUGUCGCUCGCGCAGAUUUUUCUUUGCGCUUUGUUUCUUUUCCGUCAAAACAAUGUUUUCAGCGUUCGAAAUAUGAAUUUGACAAAUAGAACUUUUUGAAAGAUAUAGUGAUGUGAGUUCGUAUUGGUGCAUUAUAUUGAUUGGACUUAUACUUUGGAAAAAUGGGUCCAGAGGCAAUAUUUUGGACUCUUGUUUUGGGCCUGAUAUGCGUUGCGGAGGCGGGAAUGAUCGGUGAUCAGUGCGACUGGAAUGGCAGCGGGCUGACGUCGAGCGCUGAGCGGGGAGUCACGCCCGUGUACCUGAGGUGUAGGGAGGGUAGUGUGUCGUGGCUUUACCCGAGAGGCGCGCUGAGGUUGCUGUUCAAGCCUCCCUUGCCAGCGGAUGAACGGGACUUCAGAGUUUGCGUCAGGGUUAUAAGAAGGCCCGACCCGCCUGACUUCUUCCAGACAAUACAGCUGAAUGAGACAGAAACAGCAGAGCGCUUUCCAGCACGCAUCUUCGUAGAAGGCGUCCGCAGACUCGUUCCCCUAUACGCACCGGACGAUGGCGACGUCCGCGAGCUACGAUGCUUCCGCAGCAGACACGGACAGGCAGCGUUAUACGUUGAGGCGGAACCCGAGGAAGGGCCGAAGAGAAGAGUGGCCAUCUUCAGAUACGAAGCCCGGCCAUUGGUCAGGAGGCACUACGACCCAGCGACUGCCGAUUGCCGACCGUGUUCUGAUUCUGAACUGGAGAUGGCCUUCUGUACUAGUGAUCUUGUGUCCCGUGGCAUGAUGGUAGGCAGCGAGCAGCGGGAGGACCUGGACACCACGCAGUUGACGUGGCGCCUCACCAAGCUCAUCCGAGCCACCGCCGCGGGCGACGCGGGCGACUUCGCUGAUGACGACGAGUACUAUAGGUACGAAAUCGACAACAGCGUAGAGCAGACGAGCAGUCGGACGCACAAACACGCGCGGUCACGUAAGCCGCGCGGUUUGCACGCGCACGUGCACGUGUCCGCGUCGUGCGGCGCGGCGGCCGGCGCGGGCGAGUUCCUGCUUAUGGCGCGCCGGAGACUUGGCAAAUACACGCUCGUCUGCGCUCCUCGGUUGCACGAUUGGAAGGUGUUAGUAGAGAGGCGGAACGCUGAAGGGACUGCGCACUGUUUCUUGCAGCAUUGAAAGUGUGAUGUGCCUUUAUGUUAGUGAUAAAAACAUGUUCACUCGCAGCGAUUGCUUAGGGCGGUGGUUGAGAGGUGAAAAGCUAAAGGGAAUGCCAAGCUACUAUUUUUCGAAAACCCGCUCGUCUACGCGCCACAAUCUAAGUUUUUACCUUGAAUCGUUUUGUGUUCCGUCGUCUAAAAUCUAGAUGUAGGUAGGUAUGUCAAAUUUCUUGUAAGAAAUCUGGGCGCAUAUUAAGUAGGUAUGCAUAAACAGAACUCUGACCUUGAACCUGUGCAGUGGGUGAUUUAUUGAGGUGGUAUGAAAUGAGGCGGGACCUACCCAUACACAGAAACAUCCCUCCACUGUGGUCCAGAGCUCUAGAGCACUUUUUAAUUUUACAACAUCUGCCCUUUAAAAACCUGUACCUUGAAAACGAAUAUUUUAUAUUAAGAAAUACAUUAUAUUAGAACAAAGUUAUUAAAAUCGACACUAAAUAUAAAAUCUUCCAUUUUAUAUUAUUAUAUCAAGUAGAUAGGUAGGUAAGUAAAAUUUAGUACAUAAACGUUUUUAUGUGUAAAUACCUAAGUAAGACUACAGAAAAGUAUUUAUUUAUACACGUUGUGUAACUAUUGUGAUUGUAUGUACAAGAUGCCAUUUAAAAGUUUAAUUAGGAAAUUAGGUGUGUAAGGGCAAGCACACACACAAUUAUUAAGAAAUAAAGCGAAAUUAUUUGGAUUUCGUUUAGCGUCAUAUUUUCUUAAGCUUGACUAAAGAAAAAAUACUUUGAAGGAAAACUUCUUUUUGCGUGGCGAGAGAUUGUAUUUUGGAACAGGUCUUUUUUCCGACGAAGGUAACGUUAAUACGUCACAUGUGCCGAAAAUGGCCGCCAAAUCAAUCAGUUGUUUUGAGGCUGCCAUUUUUUUAUCGAGGUGGUACCUACCUGAAAGGUGUUUUGUGGUGGUACCAAGUAGUUAGUGCCAUGAUAAUUGAUAACACAGUUACUAUGACAAAAAUCGUUUGCCGACUGAUUUUCAAAAAAAAAUCUCGCACACGUUUAGUUUUAUUUUAACGUAAAUUACGCACCUCUUUUUUAAAUCAUGAUUCUUGUGCGCUUGCCUUUAGUGUAAAUAAAUCAUGGAAUAUAAAUGCUUGCAAAGAUAUAUAGCCAUAAAUGCUUGCAAAGAUGCAAUAAUGUACAGUAUAUUUUAUUUGAAUAUAUUUGGUAGGUUUACUGCAAUAAAUAAUUAAUAGUUUUUAAGUGAAAUGUGGUCCACAGUGCCAAAAUCCGUAAGAUCUUUAUAUUUAGCUUGUAUAUUAAUAUAAUGCCAAGGUUGAUCUCAACUAUGUACAUAUUAAAGUUACAACGUUAAAAUAUAAGAUAAGAAAUAUAUUACAGUAAUAAUAUUGAUUUUAUCCCACUUCAGAAGUUGAAUUUUUUCUUUUUUAAUAAAAAAUAUUUUUAAGAUUUUAGUUGAUCAAUACUUUUAUUACUAGGCGUUUCAAAUGUAAAGACCACCGAUGGCUGGAUGGUCACACAAACGCUCCAAUGGUAACGCACCCUUACUCGUGUAGGUAUCAAUCUUGUAUCACUCACAAUUUUUUUCGCUUGGUUUGUAUUUAACUGUGUUUACUUUCAAAGAAAACCCACAAAAAUAGAACAAGUAAAAAAUACGCAAAACGAUAAAACAUCCCAAUUAUAAGUUUGACAUUUUGAAUAUGCUGACGGUCUUCCAUUUGAAACGCAAAGCAAAUAUCAAAGUAACAGUCUUCAGUUUUUUAGCUAUAUAUUUUAGUGUUAUAGGCUUAGUAUCAUGUAUCAAAAAAGCUGUGAUAGCUCAGAGGUUAGGAGGACCGACUUCUAAUCGGCGGCCGGGGGUUCGAUCCCGGGGACGCACCUAUAACUUUUCAGAGUUAUGUGCGUUUUAAAUAAUUAAUUAUCACUUGCUUUAACGACGAAGGACAACAUCGUGAGGAAGCCUGCAUUCUCACUCUAAGAGAAGACCCGUACUCUGUAGUGAGCCGGCGAUGGGUUGAUCUUGAUGAUGAUGAUAAUCAUGUAUUAAAAAGUGCUUCCAUCGAAGAAUCUAUCUCUUAACAGAUACAAAAUGAUUUUCUAUUUUACGUUAUAUUAAGUGAUUAUUAUUAUAUUUACUAAAAUCCUGUAUAACUUAUAUAAAUACUUUAUAUGAAUUUUAUAUUAAAUUUUAAGAGAUUAUGUAAAUAUUAAGUAUGAAAAAUAUUAUGAUUGCAUACUUACUAAUAUUUUAUAUAGAAAGAAAUAUAGGUAUGGGGCGAAGAUAAAACAAUUAAUGAACUGCACGACUCAUAAAAUAAUAUCUUAGUAAGUUGUUGUUAGAAGCCAUAUACAUACUUUGUAUUAAGUAGGUAGGUACCUAUAUAGAUGCUUACUAAAAAAACGUUUUUUUUUUGGUCCGAAAUUUUGCUGACAAAGUUUGUAAUUUUGUGUAGGUAUUGUUAUUUAUCACUUUUUUUUUCAAAAAGAAGAGGUUCUCAAUUAGACGGACAUUCUUAUUUUUAUACAGAUUUAUUUUUCGUAAAUUGUUUUUUUUUUUUUGUAAAAUAAAUACAAAUGAUUUGCGCAGUUCAUUUCUUGGUUCUAUAAAUUAUAUGAUAUUGAUAUAGUUGUCAACUUGUGAUAUAGAUAUAUACGAAGAAUAAGUGCCCGUGCAAACUGUAUAUAAAUGAGUAUUAAUAUGUGUAUGAUUGUUCAUAUUGUUUGAUACGCAGAGCUGUUGAAUGAAAUAAAAUAGUUUAAAAA